CAUAGUACACGCCAAGACCGGAGCUCGCGAAAAUCGACAAGGUGCCUCCGAGUGAACGAGUGACAGCCAAUGGGACUAUUUACCGACACAUCAUCGCGACGAGUACAACAUUUUCGAUAUUGUUUUCCCGCGACAAUACAGUGUUUUUAGAAAGUGCUCAUCGCUGUGAAAAAUUCAUCGGACGUGAAGUUUUUCUGUGCGUUGCCGGGUUAUGCGUUGCUCGGCCGCAUAAAUACCAUUAUUUUCUCUGAACGAACGUCAAUAUUCUCAUUUUUUUUUAAGAAUGCAAUCGAUUACUUUUGAUUGGAUAGACUACCUCGUAUUUUGUACUUUAUUGGGUGUUAGUUUAGUCAUCGGCCUGUACUUUGGAUUUUUGAGCAAACAGGACACGACAAAUGAGUACCUCUAUGGAGGGAAAAAAAUGGGAUGUUUGCCAGUCGCCGUGAGCCUGCUGUCCAGCUUCUUGUCAGGCAUCACAUUUCUCGGCCUGCCAACGGAGAUCUACCUGUAUGGGUCAACGUAUCUAAGCGCUCCCAUCGGGGCGGCUAUAACUGCGCUCGUGACGAUUUACAUAUUUCUGCCGGUAUUUUUCAAGCUGCAACUGUCGUGCAUUAAUGAAUACCUGGAAUUAAGAUUUUCCAAGAGCGUGCGCAAGUUGUCAUCGGUAGCAUAUCUCAUUGGAUUGCUUGCGUCAACAUCGUUGAUAAUCUAUGUGCCAGCCUUAGCUUUUUCGCAGGUCACAAAUUAUAGUAUUCACGUUAUAACGCCAGUAUUAACUAUUAUAUGCAUCACUUAUACUAGCAUGGGCGGCGUCAAAGCUGUAAUAUGGACAGAUACUUUUCAAUUUUUUUUCACUGUCAUUGGUGUAGUUAGUGUUUUUGGUAUUGGCUUAAAUGAAGAGGGUGGCUUUUCUCGAGUAUGGAGUAUUGCCAGCGAAGGAAACAGAACGCGAGUUUUCGAUAUGGAUCCAAGUUUAUUUAAACGAACUAGUUUUUGGGCAGUACAAUCAGCUGUGAUUAUGGGAAGCGUUGCUCGUUUCAGUAUUGGUCAAAAAUAUGUUCAAAAAUUUCUAUCAGUUCCUACUGAAAAAGAUGCCGUCAAAGCAAUCGUAAUGAUGACAGUUGGAUGGAUCGGGCUUAUAAUCGUGUGUAUGUUUACAGGAUUAAUCAUGUAUGUAAAAUAUCUUGACUGCGAUCCACAUAAAGCUGGCUUUGUCGAACGAAGUGAUCAAACAUUAGUGUACUUUGUCAUGGAUGUUGCUGGACACAUCCGAGGUCUUCCAGGUAUUUUUUUGGCAGGCCUCGUAAGUUCAUCUCUUGCAACUAUGAGCGCAUGUUUAAAUACAUUUAGUGGAAUGCUGUACGAUGAUUUUAUCGACCAAUGGCUACCUGCAUCCAAUAAACGAGAAUCGAGAGCAGCCAAUAUUAUGAAGUUCAAUGUUGUAUUGGCGGGAGUUCUUUCCAUUUCUUUGGUACUUGUGAUGGAAAAAUUAGGAACGAUCUUUGAAAUGGUGUACAGCGUUACCAGCAUUUUAGAUGCUCCAAUUUUUACUCUUUUCACAUUAGGCAUAUUGAUACCGUGGACUGGAAAGAAGGGAGCAUUGGCCGGUGGCUUGACAACACUGAUUUUCAUGAUGUGGCUCGUUGGUGGAUCUCAAUGGCACGUGAUGAAUAAACGCAUACAAUAUGAACAAUUUCCAACGAGUACAGACGGUUGCGAUGCGUCCUUGAAUAUAUCCAUAACGUCAAAUUCGACAUUAUUAGAACCAAUUGAUGCUGAAGAUGAACCCUUUUUCAUGUUCCGGAUCUCUGUGUUUUACUUUACCUUAAUAGGCAGUUUUUUGGGAAUAACAGUUGGAGUAGUAACGAGUUACUUGACCAAAGAAAUUGACACUUCAACGGUUAACCCUGAUCACAUCUCACCUUUCCUACAUAGAUUUUUGCCGAAAAAGAAAUACAUCGAAGUCCAUAUUGAUGACAUAAAAUCCCCGUCGAUCAAGGAAAAUGGUUAUUUUGAUUGAAUUAUUUCGUCAUCAAAAAUUUUUUAAA